AUGAAGGAACUGGCGGAGACCGCAGACCGUGUGCUUCCAAGGGAGGAGGAUGACGCGCGCGGCCCAGGCCGCGGCCGCGGGGCCGGCGGCGGCGCCGGGCGCGGCGGGCGGCAGAAGAAGGAGAAGACGCUGCAGGAGGCGCUGAGGGAGUCGUGGAAUGGCAAGGACUAUCUCGGCCGCCUGCAGGAGUUUGCAAAGAUGCAGGCGGUGGCCGAGGGCGGCGCCGCGGCCAGCCCUGCCGCCGCCCACGGCGCCGAGCCCGAGUUCCGCCCAGUCUUCCGCGGCGCCGCGCUGACGCCCGCUAAGGAGCAGCUCGCGGCGCUGGCGGCGGCCGCGCGGCCGGGCGCGGCGGAGCGCGCGGCGGGGCAAGAGGAGGCACAGCAGGAGACCAAGAGGCGGCGGGCCGGCCGCGGCGCAGCGGGGCGCUCCGGCUCGGCAGAGCCACCUGAUGCCGUCGAAAGCCCCGAGCCGGCGCCGCGCAUCACGGCGGCGCAGCGCAAGCGGCGCAUGACGACCGCCGCCGCGCUUGCGCCGGCGGCGGCGGCGGCGCCCGCGUCACCGGCCCCGGCCGCGCUGCAGACGCGCCUGGCGCGCAAUCGGCGCGCUACGCUUGCCCCAAAUGCAUUGGCUGGCGUUCGCCUGCCGGCGCCUGAUCUGGCCAGCACACCCGCGCAGCCCCCGCUGCCCGCGCCAGAUGCACUCGUGGCCGCGGCGUCGGCGCCGCACAGCGCGGCGCAGUCGCACGAGCGCCCCCCGUGGAACAGCGCGGCAGCAGCAGCCGCUGUCGCCGCGCCGGCGACGGGCGGCAGCGGCCGGGGUGCGGCAGCGGCAGCGGCAGGGGCGGCGGCAGGGGCCGCAGCAGGGGCCGCAGCAGGCUCAUGCGCAGUGUCGGAUCGUGGGGACCGAGCGGCUGUCGCGCGUCUGCAGGCGCAGCUGGACGGCCGCGCCGAGGAGGUGGUGGUGCUGCAACAGCAGUUGAAGGAGGCUGAGGCGACCUCCAAGCUGGCCAAGAAAGAGGCCAAGGAACGCGAGAAGCAGGCCGCCCAGGAGGCGCGUGCGCGCGCCGCGCUCGAGCGGCGCGUGGCCGCGCUGGAGCGGGAGGCCGACGCGGCGCGCGAGCGGCUGGCGCGCGUCGACGCAGACAGGGUGGCGCUGCAGGAGCAGCUCGAGGGGCGCGACAAGGAGCUCAAAGCGCUCAAGGCGGCAGCGCGCGCCAGGGCCAAGCAGGCCGACGGCGAGGCCGGGGCGCGGUCGGCGCGCGACGCGGCGAAGGCCGCUGCGCUGGCGGCGCGCGCCAAGGCGUUCCACCGGGAGCUGCUGGCGGGGCUGGCGGAGAUCGGCGUCGCGGCGGGGGCGGCCGCCCCCGCGGCGGCGAGGGACGCGGAGGGCGGCCGGGGCGGCGAGGGGGUGGAGUGA